CUGAGUGUUCGGGUAGUUGGCCUGAGAGUUGCUCCCUGGGAAUCCGAUCCAGAUCCCGAGACUGGGAGGAUCCUUGGAGAGCCAGCGGAGACCAGUUGCCCGGCGGUGCCAGUGGCUGGAAGAUCCUCUCUGAGCCUGGCAGAGAAGAGAGAAGCAGGAAGAGCUGCAGUGGACAAAAUGGAGUCACCAUUCCUCAUUGAAUCAUCUCCUUCUAUUGGUGGAGCUGAAAGAGCCGCUGGAUUCCUGACUCAGGAUCCUGUGUCCUUUCGGGAGGUAGCCAUCAAUUUCAACAGUGAAGAGUGGUUGCUACUUGAUCCCAGCCAGAAAGCCCUGUAUCAAGAAGUCAUGUUGGAAACGUCUAGGAUGGUGGCCUCUUUAGCACUUGAUGCGCAGAAGAAGGAAAGCGACCAAGAGCCAAAUUUAAUGCCACUGCAAAUAAUCAAAACUGAAAUUCCUGAGGAGACCUCUACAAAUACGUGGGGAAGGAAGAAACAUGAAAAGAAGCACAAUUGGAGAGAAAAAUCUAUUCUUGAAUCUGUGGAAAUGGAUCGUUUCCUGACCCAACCUGAUUCCAAAGAAAAUACGGAGAAAUGUCAAAGUAGAAAAAGAUUCAAAUCAAAUCCCAAUGUUAGUUUCCACUGCAAAACGGGAAAUAACUUCAUCAGUAAUAAUCUUACUGCACAUAAAAUGAACGAGGAAAGGGAGAACCCCUACAAUGGUGUGGACUGUGGAAAAAGCGUUGAGACAAGAGGUAAUUUAACUUCCCAUAAAGAGAUCCACACCAGAGAAAAAUGCGAUAACUGCCUAGAAUAUGGAAACAGCUUCAGGUACAGAGAGUGUCUGAAAUCCCACAAAAGGGGGGGAGGGGUAAAACCUUAUAAAUGUGUGGAUUGUGGGAAAAGGUUCAGUACGAAGAAUUCCCUUACGUACCAUAAAACGAUACAUACAGGAGAAAAACCCUUUAAAUGCAUGGAGUGUGGAAAGACUUUCAGGCAAAUCUAUUACCUUGUUUCCCAUAAACGGGUCCACACAGGAGAAAAACCCUAUAAGUGCAUGGAAUGUGGAAAGAGCUAUAAAAGCAGCAGUCAGCUGAACCUUCAUAAACGGCUCCACACAGGAGAGAAACCCUAUAAAUGCAUGGAGUGUGGAAAGAGCUUCAAGGGAAGCAGUUCUCUUAAUCAUCAUAUACUGAUCCACACAGGAGAAAAACCCUAUAAAUGCCUAGACUGUGGGAAGGGCUUCAGCCAAAGCGGUACCCUUGCUUCCCAUAAACAGGUCCACACAGCAGAAAAACCCUAUAAGUGCAUGGAGUGUGGAAAGAGCUAUAAAAGCAGCAGUUACCUGAACUAUCAUAAGCGGCUCCACACAGGAGAAAAACCCUAUACAUGCCUGGAGUGUGGAAAGAGCUUCAGAAUGAAAAGUGCUCUUACUUCUCAUGAACGGAUCCACACAGGAGAAAAACCCUAUACGUGCCUGGAGUGUGGAAAGAGCUUCAGAAUAAAAAGUGAUCUUACUUCUCAUAAAUGGAUCCACACAGGAGAAAAACCCUAUACAUGCCUGGAGUGUGGAAAGAGCUUCAGAAUAAAAAGUGCUCUUACUUCUCAUGAACGGAUCCACACAGGAGAAAAACCCUAUACAUGCCUGGAGUGUGGAAAGAGCUUCAGAAUAAAAAGUGCUCUUACUUCUCAUGAACGGAUCCACACAGGAGAAAAACCCUAUACAUGCCUGGAGUGUGGAAAGAGCUUCAGAAUAAAAAGUGAUCUUACUUCUCAUGAACGGAUCCACACAGGAGAAAAACCCAAUACAUGCCUGGAGUGUGGAAAGAGCUUCAGAAUAAAAAGUGAUCUUACUUCUCACCAAAGGGUACAUACUGGAGAAAAACCCUUUAAAUGCAUAGAAUGUGGGAAGGGCUUCAUAAGUAGUAAGUACCUGAUGUGCCACAAAAGGAUCCAUUUUGGGGGGAAACGCUAUAAAUGUGUGGAUUGUGGAAAAAGUUUCAGAACGAAGGCUUUCCUUACAGCCCACGAAAAGAUACAUACAGGAGAAAGACCCUUUAAAUGCAUGGAGUGUGGAAAGAGCUUCAGGCAAAGCGGUGCUCUUUAUCGUCAUACACUGGUCCACACAGGCGAAAGACCCUUUAAAUGCAUGGAGUGUGGAAAGAGCUUCAGCCAAAGAGGUAGCCUUGCUUCCCAUGAACUGAUCCACACAGGAGAAAAACCCUAUAAAUGCCUAGACUGUGGGAAGAGCUUCAGGCAAAGCGGUAAACUUAUUUCCCAUAAACUGGUCCACACAGGAGAAAGACCCUUUAAAUGCAUGGAGUGCGGAAAGAGCUUCACUGUAAAGAGUGCUCUCAAUUCUCAUAAAUGGGUCCAUACAGGAGAGAAACCCUAUAAAUGCAUGGAGUGUGGAAGGAGCUUCACUGUAAAGAGUGCUCUCAAUUCUCAUAAAUGGGUCCAUACAGGAGAGAAACCCUAUACAUGCAUGGAGUGUGGAAGGAGCUUCAGUGCAAAGAAUGCUCUUACUUCUCAUAGACGGAUCCACACAGGAGAAAAACCCUAUACAUGCCCAGACUGUGGGAAGAGCUUCAGGCACAGUGUGUGUCUGAAACUCCACAAAAGGGUCCAUAUAGAGGGAAAGCCUUAGAAAUGUGUGGAUUAUGGAAAAUGGUUCAGUGUGAAGAGUUCCCUUACUUCGCAUGAAAGUGUACAGAUUGUGGACAGAUCUUCACUGCCAGUACGUCUCUGAUUUACCAUAAAAGGAGCCACACAGGAGAGAAACCCUAUAAAUGUUUGGAAUGUGGAAAGAGCUCCAGAUUUGAAAAUCACCUUACUUUCAUAAGGGGAUCCACACUGGAGGGAAAUAGAAAUGUAUGGAAUUCAGAAGGAGCUUUUGUGAAAACAGAAUGCUUCUCAAGAAAUAAUCCACAGUGGGCAGAAAACUAGUGGAAAGCCAUCAACGUUUUCCCCUUAUUUAUAUGACCCACAACACGGGUGGGUUUUAAAAUUUUUUACUACUGGUUCUGUGGGCGUGGCUUAUUUUGUGGGUGUGGCUUGGAGGUCAUGUGACCAGGUGGCCGUGGCUAUGUGUAUAGGGACUACUCAGAGGGCUGAAAAAAGCCGUUUCUGACAGGUCCUCGCACUUUUGACUGGUCCUCACACUUAUGACCAUCCUCACAUUUAUGCCCGUGCAGCAUUCUUAACAACCAUGUCACUCAUUUCACAGCUGCUUCUCUUCACCAUGGUGAUAAGAUAGGGCAAAAACGUAAAAUGUGAGGACAAUCGUAAGUUCGAGAACUGGUCAAAAGUGCGAGGACUAGUCAAAAAUAACUUUUUCAGCCCUCUGAGUAGUCCAUGUGCACAAAAGGACUACCCAGAGGGCUGAAAAAAGUAAUUUCUGACAGGUCCUCGCACUUUUGACCGGUCUUCGCACUUAUGACUGGUCAUCAUUUAUGCCCAUUGUAGCAUUCUUAACAACCGUGUCACUCAUUUUACAACUGCUUCUCUUCACCAUGGUGACAAGAUAGGGCAAAAACGUAAAAUGUGAGGACAGUCGUAAGCUUGAGGACUGGUCAAAAGUGCGAGGACCAGUCAAAAAUAACUUUUUCAGCCCUCUGAGUAGUCCAUAUGCAUAAAAGGAUACAGCAAUAGAGAGGGAUGAAGGAAGGGAAGGGAAAUUAGAGUAGGAGGGAGGGUAAGAGAGGGAGGAAGAGAGGAGGAGAAGGAGAAAGGAAGAGGAAGUAGGGAGGAGGAGAAGAGUGGGGGAAGAGAAAGUAAGAAGGAAAGAAAAGAGAGAGGUGGUAGGUUUGAGGAGAAAGAUUGCUGUACAAUAAAAAAGAUGAAAGGGAAGAAAACCAACCCCAAACAAAUAUAAAGAUAUUAAGAUAAAGAAUGAAUUGUUAAACUUUAAAGAAUAAGAGAGAACAAAUAUGAAUAAAUAGCAAUAAUUAGAAACACACAUACAAACAUACAAUGUAUUUUCUUUGAACAGAGUAUUUGGCCGGUUCACAAAUUUAAAACAGUGUUUAGUCAUUUCAAUUAAAUUUACAAUUUCUAUAUUUCCUUUUUGCCAUAUUUAUUCCUCAUCUAUUUUUUAAAAAAACCAAUA